CGAGGUUUCCUCGUCUUUCUCUGCAUCGACGACAUGAAACUCUCCUUCUCUCUGCCCUCUAAGCCCUCCUCGAAAUCUACCCCGAAACCUUCGCAGACCUUCAACGAUGAAGACCGACAAGAAGACAAUUCUACCAAACAAUUCGUCACAGAAUUCGACCCGUCUAAAUCCCUAAUUGAUUCUAAGCCACACCAUGUCAUUCCUCCCAAGGAGAACGAAUGGAAACCUUUCAAGCGCAUGAAGAAUCUCCGCAAUUUACCCGUCAUCCAAUCCGACGGUUCUAGGGAGCUCCAAUUCGAGACUGAAUCGCUCUCCGUGGAUCUCGGCGAUGGCAAGGUAUCAUAUGGUUUGAAUCUCCGGCAAUCAACGAAAACCGAUGCGUCGGCGGAUGAAGCUAGCAAAACGCACGAAUCUGGUGGUAAUGAUGGCGGACGGCCACGGACGGUGGAUAAUAUUUUGCUGGAUAAAUUGAAGGAUGACUUGGAGAGGUUGCCAGAACAUCUAGGGUUAGAGGAGUUUACAGACAUGCCGGUGGAGGGUUUCGGUGCCGCGUUGCUUGCUGGAUAUGGCUGGCGUGAAGGGAGAGGGAUUGGCAAGAACACCAAAGAAGACGUCAAGGUGAAGCAGAUCAGUAAACGAACUAGUAAGGAAGGGGUUGGCUUUGUUGCACCUUCGCAUGACAAAGAGAAGGAGACAGAGAGAGAUACGAAGAAGAAAGACAAAGAUAAAGGUGGGUUUAAUGUGGGUAAGGAUGUGAGGGUGAUUGCAGGUAGAGAUGUGGGCUCUAAGGGAAGGAUUUUGGAGAAAUUGAGUGCUGAUUUGGUGGUUCUGAGGCUUUCGAGGAGUGAAGAGGAAGUAAGAGUUCGUGUUAAUGACAUAGCUGAUUUGGGUUCUAAGGAGGAAGAGAGAUGCUUGAGGAAAUUGAAGGAAGAGAAGAUUGAAAACAGCAAUAGAGAAUCAUCAAAACAUAGAGGAAGUGAGAAACGAGCCAGUAAACGUAGCAGGGAACAUGGAAACCAAAAGAGAGGAGGAGAAGAAGUGAAAAUUGAGCGUAGAGAGCGAGGAGGUUCAUGGCUUACCAGCCACAUUAGAGUUAGGAUUAUAAGCAAGGACUUGAAUGGGGGAAGAUUGUAUUUGAAGAAAGGUGAGGUGGUAGAUGUAGUUGGGCCAUAUAUGUGUGAUAUAACCAUGGAUGAGAGCAAGGAGUUGGUUCAAGGUGUGGACCAGGAGUUUCUUGAGACUGCCCUGCCAAGGCGCGGAGGUCAUGUCCUUGUUUUAUCUGGGAAGCACAAGGGUGUUUAUGGAAGUUUGGUGGAGAGGGAUUUGGACCAGGAAACUGGUGUGGUUCGCGAUGCAGAUACCCAUGAUUUGCUAAAUGUGCACCUCGAACAAAUUGCAGAGUAUAUUGGGGAUCCAAGUCUUCUUGGUUAUUGAUUUCCUUGUGGACACCAUGGUGAUGGUUACUGAUGAUUGCUUGCCCUGUCUUGUAAUGGAUAGUCUCAUGGGGUGCAACUUAGAUGUCACAAAUUCAAUUCCUGGAAUAGUCUCGCUACAUAUUAUGUGUGCAAGGAUAUGGAUCUAGUUAAUUCAUGGGGUACUGAAGGUGCUUCUAUGUUGUGUGGACAGUUAUCUCCUUUGAACGCAACCAAGCACAGUUACGGAGUAAGCUCUUUUUCUUCUUCUUUUGGCAUCAAUCUUGGUGCUACAAUGGGGUGUUCAGCCCAAUGAUUUAGUGUCAUUGAAUCCAGGUCCUUCCAUGAUCGUAGCCAAUGUACUGCUGAAGGUAAUUGCAGGUCUUUUGGUUUGCUGCAGGGGUUUGUUUCCAUAUAACUGUUUGUCGCUUGUUGCUCAUUAUAUAAGAGGAGAAAUGAUUCCAUUUUAUAGCGACCGUAUUGAUUGAGGAACCAAGCAUGCCCAGGAGCUUCAUGGGUCAAGAGGGGAUUUCAUAGUCCGAAGGACCACUGAAACUGCACAACCACCCUUAGACUUGAGAAGCAGCUUGAAUUUGCAUCUGUGCAACUGAUCAAAACUUUAUGCAAGUCAGUUUUUUUUGC